AUGGACCACGGGGAGCUCUGGGCGAUCUUCGGCCCCGGCAUCGCCGGCGCCGUCUUCGGGGCCGGUUGGUGGUUCUGGGUCGACGCCGUCGUCUGCAGCGCCGUCAAGGUGUCGUUCCUCCACUACCUCCCGGGUACUUCCCUCCCCCUCCUCCGAAUCCCGAUUCCCGAUCCGGUUCCCCCAAUCUCCGUUGACCGAGGUUUUGAUCACACUCUCUGGCCUGGAUUUGCAGGGAUCUUCGCGUCGCUGGCGGCCCUCAUGUUCAAUGGCGUCAAGAAGGAGGAUAUUGACUACUCCCCCUACGAAGAUGGAGAGUGGAGGUCAGUCGGAGCUCUUGCCUUCCUCUCUGAUCUUCUAUCUUCCACCGAUCAAUCAUUCGGCGCUGUCAUCGUUUCCUAGAUUUAAGGCGGAAUUUCAUUUUUUUUGUCUCCUGGUAGAUGCGUGGUUCUAAUCCUGUUCACUGUAGCUUCGUCUUCCAUCAAAUGAAAUGGAGCCGGGGCUUUGCCCAUCUUGAAAAAUUACCAACUAUAAUUAUGAAGCAUGCCUCUCACUUGCAUCAUCCCCUGGACGAUGAUUAACCACGAUCGAUGAGUUGACUUACUGGUAGGCUAAUAGGUUAUCUCGUCUGGUCGUCCAUGAACAUCAAUUUCUGUGUGGAAAGGCAUGGGUUUUUGGUGGGCAGUCUGUUAGCAGAUCCCAAUGGAAAACAUAAUUGGGCGCGAGAAGCUCCUGCCUGUGAGCCCGAGCCAAUGGGUCUUCAGAAUUCUGUGAAGUAGCUGUCUCCUCAGAUGCUUCUGUUUGCCUUCUAUUCGAUUGAGCACGCAGGUACUGCAACAGACCUUCAGAUGGGGAAACGCUCCAGAGCUGUGGGACGGACAUAACAAAAUUUCGUGUCUUGGAUGAUUUGCUUUUGUUGUUUAUUUAUCUAGUAAUAUUUGCUCGCGUGGGUUUCGUAAAUAUUUUGGGGAUUAACUUCACACAUUGUCUUGUUGGAGGAAUAAUUUAAUUGAAAAAUAAUUGCUACUGUAAAUAAAUUCGAAUAUUCCUUGUUGGUGAAGAAGAUGGUUAUUAGUAAGUAAAAAAAAAAAGAAGGAAUAAACUGGAGGACCUGGGGUUUUUCUCUUGAGCAAAAGAAAUGCCCUAUGGUUUUCUCUCCAGCAUAAUUGUGCAUCGGGGAGACUACCCCCAACUCUACUUUUUAUUGGAAAAUGAGUGCAGGAGAAACACCAGUUGUAUUUGGGAAGUCUGAUCACCAUGAACAACGCCUGUUGCACCACUGAAAAGCCUGAGCUAACGACUCAGGGUGUAUAUGCACUGCUGCAGAAGAUUUAGUGGAUUUCUCUGUAGUCAGAAGUGUAUAAAGGGAGUUGUUUUCGUAGAUUUAAUCACUGUCAGAUUAGGAAAAUAGAUCUCCUUUUGUUUUUUCGGUACUGUUAUACUGAAUAAUAACAGAUGUAUAUAAGGGGGGACAUAACCACAUUAGCUGUUUAUUUAAACAUACAUAGAAGGAAUAGCUUGAAGAAAUUGUGCAGACAGUGGGGAUUUCUCUUGAAGGGAAAGAUUAUCUCUUCAGAAAGUGUAUUAUGAACAUUAGAUGAGAAGAAUGGUCGUAAAUUACCUGAAAAUAACAGAGAAAGGGGAGAAUCAUUGUGAGGCAAAAAGAAGAAGAAGUGUGCACCUCUUUAUUUCUAACCAGGCGAAGGUGUGUAGGAUGGUGAUGAAAAACAACAGGAGAAAUUAACAAAAUUUCGAAGGGUCUGUGACAAGGAGACUACCUGAAUGCGAUAUUAUGUCAAGAUGCACGGAGGGAUGUAUUAUAUCUACAUAAAUUGAAAAUGAGCUCCUUUGAAUCAAGAAUAUUCUUGCAAAGCCAUAACGGAUAUGCUUACAUAUAACGGAUGGCAACAGGUGAUGGAACCAGUUGACGAUAAUGUUGCUGUGGGCUUACGUUUUCGUUUAUUUGUUAACAGGUUUAUCCAACACACUCUCUGUCAAGACCCGUGUCUGUUCGUAGUCCAGUUUUAGUGGAUUCAAGAUAACAAAGGCAUUAGGCUGUUCAUUUCGGUCUGUUCAACUGAUACAAAAAGGCAGAUGCUUAGGUAAAAGCAUAUAAAAAAUCAUCUGUAAGAAGGAGAAACAAUAACUGAUCACAAACGUUCUCUGAUUUCUGUGCUUAUUUUUAUCUUACUAGCCUUACGCUUAGUUUGAUCAGAGGGGUGACUGUACCAUUUGAUAGACUAAGAGAUGAGAAUGAUGAACUUGUCGUGUUUUAUAUUCAUUGGUUAAUCCACUGACCUCUAAAUCAUUGUCAUGCAAUUUGACUCUUUCCCCCUUAAUCAAAUGCUAUAGAUGGUUAAGUCUCCAUUGUGUUACAAAAUAUGCCUUACACUCUUGUUUUCGCUACAUCCCCUAGGCAGCCACUCAUCUUCAGUCCAUUUCAAGAUGGUUGUGAAUUCUCUGCUUUCAAUCCCCUCCUCCCCACCCCAACCUGGAAAAGCUUUUCUCGCAGUAUGAGAUCUACGAUUCAGUAUUCAAUUCUUAAUUUGAUCUGUACUUGGUAUCAGUUUGAUCUUUAUUUGGCUCACUUAGUCUCACAGGUCUUAAAAUAGCUUUUGCUUCAACCAAUUCAAUAUUAUUUUCAAAUCCUUUUGGCCUUGGUAGAUUUCUCUUUUGCAACAGUGCAUAAAGCAUGAUGUUUCCACGAUGCCCUCUUGAAUUUAAUUGAUGGGCUUCAUUUUUUUUUAUUAUAUCGUUUAUUAACCAGUAACGAGGCUAUGUUUGGCCCCAGAUUUCAAGAGAUGGACCUUAGUUUGCUAACGUGGAUGUGGAUUUGUAUUUUAUCCUUCUUGUUGUUCCCUGCACCCUGACCUUCGUGAUGGUAGAAACCAAGAUCUGUCCAGUAGUCUACAUAGGGAAUUGGUGUUUCAUGAAUCAUUACCCUUUAUUCUUUUGCCUCCUCCAUCUUUCAAGGGCGUCAUAAUCGAAAACAAUAGACGUCAGAAUCGGAAUGAAAGAAAAGGGUUUAAUUGUUAUGGAUAUGCGGGAAGAGUGCCAAGAGAGUGUUUUUCUAUCACUUCAUUGUUUUUCUGAUGUCUCCCUGUUCUAUAAUUUGUGUUUCAGUCGGUGAAUCAAGUUAAUAUUUAUUAUUUUCCUACAUAUGACAUAAGUCUUUGCAUCUUUUUAUAUUCCAAAAAUACUGUUUUUCGUAGUGGGUGAUACCACCUAAUCAUUAAAUACAAAAAUAAAAAUAAAUGAAGGUACUUGCACCAACGGUCGCCGUGAGCUCCCAGCUGAGGUAGUCAGAAUGUACUCGGAAACUUAAAUGACCUUAAAUAGAAGACUUAUACUCAUCCUCUGAAAAGAGUUUCAUCUGUUGUUUGACUUGUUAUAUUGACUACUGAACACUAUCGUUUGACCAGUUCUGCCUUUUAAAAAUAUGCCUUUUUCUCUCACAACAAAUGGUGCGAAGCUUUUCAAGGUAAUUCGCCAAACGUUGUGAUCCCCUUUCAUCUCCAUGCGCAAGGCGAGGGGAUCACAUACUAAUAGUUUUGUUGUGAUAUGCUUCAGAACUUUGUUGCAGGUUUCCAAACCCGAGUUGCCUCUUGGACGUUUAUUUUUCUGUUUUAUGAUAAUUUGGCUUGACUGAGGAUCUACUUCUCUUCUAUUUUCAUCAUCCCAUGUCUACUCCAGAAGCCCAGGAGAUUUUCUUUUCUAAAUCUAAGCCUUUGAUGAUCAGAAGCAUAAAACCUUUUCUAAACUUUUCUUCUUAGAAUAUAGAAUAAAACUCUUCUCCCAUUACUUAUAUGCAUCUCAACGUCAGUUGUCACAAUAUCUAGAGCCUGGAAUAUAUCCCUCUACAGCCUUGAGAUAUUACUGUUCUUAAUAAAAAUAAUGUCACGCGCUACAUUCCUUUUCUAGUACCUUCCCUUCUUCAGUCAGCUCCACUGACCCCAAUUACCAAUUUACGUGGCCACUCAACUAUGCCAAUUGGAAGGGGAAUCUCUUGGAUCCGUAGUUCGAAGCGAUUCCAUGAGCUCUGUGUGGUGAAAUUAUGGGCUGGUGGUCCCUUGAGUUCUCGAAGAAAGGAUGACUUAUCCUCUCGCUUGGAAACCUGAGAGGCUUCUAAUGGUUUCUUAUUUCAUAUCUUUCAACUAUGGGCCAACAACUCACUCUUCUUCGUUCAUCAGCUUUCAAAGGAUUAAAUCCCUCCCCUCCCACCUUCUGGUUGAAGUUGUCUGAGCAGAUAUGCCUGGAGCAGGAACAGUCUUGAUACCCCCUUUUUUGAUUGAUUUUAUUCCUGCAACCGAUCCAAAAUCAGUAAGAAAGUAUGCCACAUUAAAUUUAUUUUGUCAAAACUUGCGAUAAUCCCAUCGUCAGCUGAUAUAACUUAAGAACCCCACUUAAUCGGCCAAUUAACAUUUCUGGUAUCCCCACAUUGGCAAUUUUCAUACUUUUUAUGGAAUCCUUUGCUCGCAUUGUGCCCAGAUGAUCCUCUUCCGACAGGGCUUCUUUUGGCAUUGCAGGGUGAAGCUCUGGCUCUUCCUGGCCUAUGUGGUCUCUUUUGUCUCCCUCGCCGCCUCUGUAGGCCUUCUUGUGCAGGACGCCCUCACCGACAAGGGACCCUCGGCCUGGACUGGCACCGCCGGCGUCCUCCAAUGUGUGUUCAUCUUGAUCAGGUUGAUCCCUACAACCUCGUCACUUUCCUGUCUUGCAAAACGUUAUUGGAACCCCCCCGGCCUCUGAUUCUUUGAAUAUUCUGGUUUCAGUGGGAUGAUCUACUGGACUUGCCAUUCCGAGUAA